AUGUAUGGAGAUUCGGGCAUCAAGCUGGUUCAACACGCCAAGAGAACGCAGAAUCUGGCCCAUCUGCCUCCAUACCAGACUGAGCUUGUUCGAGCAGUGACCAGAGAAGUCAGAGACCUCAACAAGGAUGUCGAUGAUCUUCUCGAGCCCUUCCAAGGCUCAUUCGACCCGUCAGAAGACCAGGCAGUCGCAUAUACGUUGCUCGUGAAUCACAUCUCAAUGCGCAGAAAUAAACGAUGUUUGCUGGCAUAUCACAGAACUCGCACUGAUAAAUUGGAAGAGCUCGUCUGGAAUGGCGCGGAUGUGGUUGAUCUGUCUGGCCAACAAGUACGAGAUGGUUCGUCUAGGAAUAGCACAGGAUUGACGAGCGGCGAUGGAUCUACGAGCAGCCUUAGCCCACAGGAAGAAGACUAUGUGCGGCAGUACGGCGAUUUGCUGGCAGCAUACAAGGGCCAAUGGACAGACAUUGAUCUCACUGGCAGCCUGGAGCCGCCGCGGGAUCUGUUCAUCGACGUUCGUGUUCUCAAAGAUGCGGGAGAAAUUCAGACAGAAUAUGGGGCAAUUACUUUGACAAAGAACAGCCAGUUCUACGUCCGGCAGGGAGAUGUGGAGCGGCUUAUUGCCCAAGGAUAUCUGCAGAAGCUCAGCUGAGUGUAUUCAUCUGCAGGCAUGCUAUGGGGUACACCCCCGCAAAAGAGGGUAAACGAUUGAUAUGAUAUACAGCUUCAAGGGUAAUCGGUUUGGAUCAUGGGGUUUGGGGGUUAAUAACCGAUAGGCGUAACAAGGGUUUCAUUUGAGUUGAGGGAAAAUUGAAGACUACAACUGCAGCAUGACGAUAUUAAUUGCUCUUUUACGAGAAUAAUGAAUGAUUUAACG